AUGAAUUCGAAUUCGGUCACUCCAGCUCCUAAUAUGAGUCCACUACGGCAUCACCACGGCCAUGGCCACAGCCAUGGUCACAGCACCAGCAACAGCAGCCAGAAUCAGUCCCACAGUAUGGCAUCGAAUCAUGAUCUGGCGGCUCCAGUACCAUUUAGAAAAACCUUGAGGAGGUCAACUCGAUUGUUGAAUUUAGAACAGGCAGCGGGAAGAAGAGAUUCGGAUGGGGAUAUGAUUGAUGUCGACGACGAUGUCAGUAUUGAUAUUGGCGGAUUGAGUGGUCUAGGACUCAGUGGACUGGCCAAUGACGGUGACAGUGAUAUGAAUACUACGAAUGCAAAUGAUAAUAGUGGUAGUAAUGGCCAACUUGGUAUUAAUGGACUUGAUAUUGGUAGUUCUGGCCACCACAGCAUGGUCUCUGGUCGAACUGUUGGACCAGCUAGUUCUUCAAGUGAUAGUGGUAGUCUUGUGGCUUCUUCGUCGUCAUUUUCUCUGAAAAGACCACAUCCAUCAUCUAGUGAUAUGAGAAGUCCAAGCUCAAGUUUCCCCAAACCGCGUUUUUUGUCAAGAAAUGCGUUUGACAGCGAAUCUAACCAUAGCCAUGGUCAUAAGAGCAUUGGUCCAACCAUAUCUGGAUCAGCAUCUACACCUACUCCAUCUUCAUCAAAUGGCGGAAGUAGUAAUUCUUCACAAUUUCUUCCAUCUCUUUGGUCCAGCAGUUUAAAACGAAGAGAUUCGUUUGACCAGCUAUUUGCACCAUCAUCGCCAUUCGCCAUCAAUGGCCAAAGCACCCCAUCUCAUAGCAACAGCCACAGCGGUAACAGCACCACUACGACUUCUAACAAUAUUAAUCCUGGUAACAAUGCAAACACCAGUUUUAAUUUCCAAACCAAUAACCCAUAUACAACAUCUCCAUCACCAUCGCCAAUACCGGCAUCCAAAUCACAUCAUAUCCACAUUCAACAUCAAGCAUCUGCAUCGUCAACGGCGUCUCAACAUCAUAAUCCAUUAGAACCAACAACACAUCAUUCUCCACAUUCUCCACAUUCUCCACAUCAUUCACCGCAUCACUCACCACAUCGAUCUCCACAUCAUCUACCACUACCACGACCGCCAUUGCCACGACAUGCACCUCCACAAAUGCAUCGACCCAAACCAAAAUUCAACCCCUCUGUAACUGCAGAGUUUUCUGAUUAUCAUACCCACACUCCAGAAAACUACCGGUCGGUCAAACCCCUCCAAACAGCAUUUAUGAGCACUGGUCUUUUAUCCAAACGCAAUCGUAUGAACAACUCCAACUCACAAGCUGACGGGUUGAGAAUGCCUCCUGAUACGCCCUGUAAACGACCGUCCAACAUGUCACUUCCAUUAAUAAACCACCACAACACGUCGAUGUUCGGCUCGGCUCCUACAGCAUAUUCUCCACACGUAUCGAAUAUUGGAGGAGGGUUUGGUACUACGAGUAGUGGUCGUCGACGAAGUAACUUGGGUCUACACGAUUCAUUGUUGCGAUUCUCGGUGGAUUUUGGUAAUACUUCAACUCAAGUAGCAGAAGCUGAUAGUCCGAUGCACGAUCACGACGAUAUGAUUGACCAUCAACCACCAGAGACGCCGACUAAAGAGACCAGUGGCCACGAUAUGAGCAGUUUCCUGAGCAGUCAUCUUGCCAAAUAUUCAGGUGAUACGUCUGUCUCAUCAACAGUGUCAACUUCACUAACAGCUGGUGAUACAAGUGGAACAAUCGAAACUGCCAACACCACAGUAGAUCUUUCUGGUUCGCAUCCAAACCUGACAUUUUCGGCAUAUUCACUAGCAGACCGUGGAAAUCACGGCAACUCGUUCAGUAGCUAUCCAACCCCAUUACCAAUGAACAUCCCUAACCGAGCCCAGUCACAAGCUGGCAGUACAGGAAGUGAACUUGGUAGCGGUGGAGCUAGUAGCGGGUCUGACAAGGUGAUAUCCACGACACCUCAGUCACGAAACUCGCGAUGGACCGAUGGUUCUUCCAGCGAAGACACCUUAUCAUCACCCAGGACACCAGAUGUGAUCAUGCAUUCCGACCCGAGUACCAUUAUUGGCGGUAGCACCAACAACAGCACCUCGACUGUGACCACAACAUCCGGUCACACGUCAAUACCCAUGAUUCGACGCACCACCAGCACCACGAGUCUAAUCCAAGAACCUCCACGAACUCCAGCCAAAACUCCCAAAACGCCAAUUGACCCGCUCAUGAACUCGAGUAAUUUCAUUUCUCUCCGCAAGUCAUCAGUUGAUGUUGAUGACCCGGUGCUCAAUGAACGAUUUGAUCGAGUGUCGCUGAUCGGACGUGGCGAGUUCUCGAUUGUAUACUCGCUGUCGAUUCGCGGUGAUGACAGUCCUACCGACCCAACUUCACCUGCCAUACCCCACACACUGGCGCACGACAACCGGUACGCGGUCAAAAGAACGCGAUUCCCCUUCAUGGGACCCAAAGCACGUAGUCGCCGACUCGAAGAAGUCGAAAUCCUGCGAGCUUUGACCGCCCCAUCACGCCACAGCCACCCUGACGACGAGCACGACCCAGCCGAUGACGGUCGCGACUACGUGCUCAUGCUCCUCGACGCGUGGGAAGCCAACGGCUACCUCUACAUCAUGACGGAAUUCUGCGAAAACGGCAGUCUCGAUACCUUCCUCAGCGAGCGAGGCAACAUCUCGCGGCUCGACGAAUGGAGGGUCUGGAAAAUCCUUCUCGAAAUCGCUCUGGUAAGUUCACUCUCCACACACACGUGCCUCCGGCGGCUGGGGCUCCGCCCCAGACCCUGGUUGCUCCUCUCGCUUCGCUCGAGUCGUUGCGUCGACGGUCCCGGUCUCCUGCGAAGCAGGAGCAGCCAGGGUCUGGGGCGGAGCCCCAGCCGCCGGAGGCAGACCACCGGAAAAAGUUCUAACAGUGUAGGGAUUGCAUUAUAUCCACGGUCGUGGGUUUUUGCAUUUGGAUAUUAA